UUAUGCCAGUAAAUUUCAACGAAAAAUUCGACUUUGUUGCAUACUUUGAGCAGUGUACGAAAUUUUUAACAGAGUACAAAUGGAUUUUCGAAAGUUCCAAUACCAAAUUUGUGCAAGCGGGCAUUUUGGAGGAGUUUCCAAAACCAUGGAUCGGUGACCUGGACUCGACCGCGAAUGAGCAGUUCAAUCGCAUUCCGCUCGGAUAUGUGAACCAAGAUUGGAGUAGCAGUUUUCAAACCUUUCUAAAUCGGCUGAAAGGGUUGAUCAUAAACUAUGACCGGUUAGAGGCGUGUUCCGUUAAAGGACCGAACCUGAAAGGAGUUAGUCCCAAGAAGAUGUACGAAAUUGAGAAUCUUACUUCGGUUAUUGGAGGAAUUUGCAACAACGGUGAAGUGCUGUUGGACUUUGGAUCUGGAUUGGGCUAUCUCAGUCAAAACUUACACUCGAAACACGGUUUCACUGUUCUUGGUAUCGAUGGAGAUGCCUAUCGAGUAACGGAAAGUCAAAACCGUCAAGCGAGGUUAUUUCCGCAGUCUGCUAGCCAUGUUAAGUUUCUCAACCAUAUCAUUGAAGCGAGCUCAUUUCAGCAUUUGAAAUACUUAGCUGCUGCCAUGUUCAAUCGCGUAACGGAACCAAAUCUGGCUAUUGUUGGUCUCCAUGCAUGUGCAGAUCUUUCGAUAGAUGCCAUCAAAAUGUUUCUCGACAAUGAUGCAGUCAACAAAUUAGUCAUCAUGCCUUGCUGCUAUCAUAAGCUGAAACCAACAGACGAGGCUUGUACCACAUUUGAACAGUUCCCUGUCAGUAGUCAACUGCGGGAGAUUCUGAAUAACAGCAGCAAUAGUUUUCUUGGCAGACCUUUUCUUCGAUUAGGAUGCCAGCAAACGUCUGCUAGGUGGGAAACAAUGAAUGAAGAGGAGCAUGAACUGCAUGGCAAGUCGAUGUUUGAGCGGAGCCUGGUGGAAGCGGUUCUCACCACUGAUGAAUUCGUGAAAAUUAAAAAAUCUUCGGGUAGAGAUGAGUCAAAUUUGUUGGAAAAGUAUUUGCUUUUUCACAAAUCGGAUCCGCAAACUAAUAUGGCAUGGACCAGUGAACAUAUCGAAAGAUACGAAAAACUAUUCGUGAAAUACCCGACCGGAGGUCGGUUGGCCGAAUAUUUGACUUGUCUUCAGACCUGCUUACAGUCUGUCUGUGAAAAUUUGAUUUUACUGGAUCGUAUUUGUUACAUCCAAACCGAAGCAAACCAAAGAGACAUAAACUUGAACGUAAAAUUAGUAAAAUUUGCCAACGAAAGCUUGUCUCCACGAUGUUCGGUUAUAUUGGCGCAUAAAAAUGCUUGUAGGUGACGAUGUACUACAUAGUAUUGUACCUAAAUGUUUAGAAAGAAUGUGCCACGAAUUCUCUCCUGAUAAUAGAAAUGUGCUGAGUGCUCUAUUGUUAAUGUUGGAGUAUCCCGACUUCCGGUGGUUCUCAUCGGUUGAUAACUUUUACUUAUAUAAAAGAAGGUUUAUUAGGUACCUACCUUUUUAUGUAACUGCUGUACAGAGAAAUCACUCGAUCCGUUGUAUGUUGGGCAAUUAUUGCGUGACUUUCCACUUUGAUAGCUCCCAUUAUGCAAAACAACACCGUUUGACGUUUUGAUAUGCCCGACUGCUUUGGUCAAUAGAAAUGGUUUCUAUGGUUAUGACAAUGCUGCAAUGUUUGGACUGUUGAUUCUUGGAGUUCGAAUUUAGAAUCUUAGUUAUAGAAAGGAUAGUAUAUCUAGCAUACUUAUACCUAAUUAAAACAAAUUUGGAGUAAAUUUUGGUCAAAUUUUGAAUUUCCGAAUUUCAUUUUUAGAAAGUCCGGCACUGCAGGUUAUAAAAACAACCAUGAGACCUCUCUAAUUUACAGGCCAUUGGGAGGCUCCUUUUUCACAGUCGCUCACUUUGCCUGACAGGUGCAUGGCGCCUCCAUCAAGUUCAAAGAACAAUGCGGACGCAAGGUAGCACUUGAGCUUCCAAAACUAACGAAUUAUUGGAAAUUUGAGAGAACUGCCCCAAAUUAACACCGCUUUUAUUCGUCGAGUGUUUUUACAAAAAGCCAAUCCGGUAUCAAAAAUACUGCGUUUUUCUUUGAAAUAAGUUUCAAACAUAAAAACUAGUAGCGUGAUAUUAUAGUGUUAAGUCGAGUGAAACGUACCUACAAACUGUGUAACUUUUAUGAUAACUAAUUUUAUUCGAUAAAUCGACUAGCAGCAAAUAAGACAGCGACCAUUUUAGCGCAAAGUUAUCAGUUUUGUCUGUUUAUGCUUUAGUUUUCUCUUGAUUUUCAUGACUGCGCAAAUUUUACAAUGCUGAUUUUAGACUUGGGAUUUUUAUUUGAAAUCACAUAUCGGCUUUUCCCCCUAUGAAUGUAGUAAAUUACUAAAUAAAUAGUAUAUAAUAUAUAAUAUGCACCUACAUAGCAUAGUUUUUACAUUGUAUAGUUCGACGGCCCUACACGCGUGAGUAGAAUGCUGGCUGUUAGGAUUAUGCGCCCGUCGUCGACUGCAGUCCCUUAUCGCUAGCUGAUAAUGGUAUGAUAAAUUUUUGUAUACGUUUAUUUUGAUAUAAUUAGAAACUAUGUUUACGCUAGUCGCUUCGUAACUGAUGGACGAAUAUAUUUUUCUGUUUCGAUCUCACUACUUACGACAACUACAGAGCUCUAGUUUUCUAUCAUUAGUUUAAUAGUUCAAAG